AUGAAAGACAUGUACGAGCUCUGCGGGACCAUUUCAAUGCAUGUCAUAGGUACACUCAACAACUCGCCUAGCCCCAACACAUCGUUUGAUCCCGAUCAUUUACUGCUAGAAACUACUCCCGGCAGCACUGUGCCAACCGUGCUCUGCCCUUCAAGCAGCCCUUUGUCGGUGCAGAUCGUUCUAUUUGACCGUCCCUCGUCUUACCGAAUGGAAUAUAUGUCCUUGGCUCCUAUUCCUUUAGUACUGGGAGAUAAACCCGUCAUCAACACUACACGAACGUUCGGUGAUGCUACAACAGCUUUGAACGAUCGGGAAGGGAGCGCGGCCAAAGCACGACUGAUCGAGAAACUCAAACUUCAUACCGUUGUACGUCGCCAGCCUUCGCAGAAAGAAAGGCUGCUUUCCACAAUUCUGACUCAGAUCAAUUGUUCUGGCGAGUUGGCGUCACUGAUCAAUAAUAACCUAUACCAUCUUAGAGGGAGGCAAAAACGAAGCCUGAGUGUUGGUGAGAAGGUUGUGCAGUCAGCUACAACGUUAAGAAAUUACGCGCAGGGUCUUGUGUGGCAAUUCGCAAUUACGUGGCUGUGGCCUUUCCUUAUUCGACUUCUGAUCUUCUUGCUUGUUUGCCAGCGAGUGGCAGCCGAGAUAGUUCUUCUUUUACUUGAAUGGAGACCCAAUUCUGAUUCUAGGGCGCUAAAGGAUCUUUCGGCAACUGCCCAGCAACUCGAUAUUCGGCUUCAACAGUUUUGCUAUUGGCCCAUCCAGAACAUGACCCUACGAAAAAGGAAACGUAGCUGGGAGAGCGUCACCGACAAGCAUCCCGAUUAUAUUCGCUUUUACAGCAGCCUGUGGCUUGUAGCUAACGAUAUUAUCAUCGGAAUGGCCGUGGGUUCAUACAUCAUUGACAAUGCAGAAUGGGUAGCUCAUCAAAUCUCGUUGGCGCUUAACGACUGGACCGUUGAGGGUUUGAUGAACGUGAUACGCUGGCUGAGAGAGUAUCCGGCGGGCCUCAAGCUCAACAAUGAGCUCGCUAAUUUUCUAGGCCGCCUUGUACUCCUUAUGAUUGAGUAUUUCAAAAGCUGGUUUGUUGCUUUACAGCCCUGGCUGCCGUCCAUCAUCUACUAUAUUGGCAUCGCAAGCUUCGCGGGAACGACCAUGCCAAUCGCUAUAUUUUCUGACCUGCUUUCACUAGCAACGUACCAUAUACUGUGCUUCUACACGGCUUUUGCACGCAUUUUCCACUGGCAGCUGACAAUCAUCUUGUCGCUCUUUCACCUCUUUCGCGGCAAGAAAAAAAAUGUGCUACGUAAACGUAUUGAUUCAUGUGAUUAUGACCUGGACCAGCUACUUUUAGGGACAAUACUCUUCACACUCCUCUUCUUCCUACUACCUACGGUCGUCGUGUUCUACCUGACGUUCACAACAGCUAGGAUGGGCGUCAUGUUCAUGAACGCGGCACUGGAUAUGUUACUAGCUCUUUUAAAUCAUUUUCCAAUUUUUGCAUUGAUGCUGAGAAUCAAAGAUUCUAGGCGCCUCCCAGGUGAAAUCUCUUCUUUCAAGAGGUGA